ACCUGUAAACGCUAUGUAGAAAACUACCAAUAAUCUUUCUAUAUAUAUAGAGGGAGAGACGUAUCAAGUAUAAUUGUAAUUGUGAAUCAAUUUCCAAUUGGUUUCGUAUAAUAAUUCCAGUAUUCUGCCCUAUUUUGGGACAAAACACAGAUUGGAGUUGAUAUAAAAUGGUCUCCUCAGCAUAACUGUAGCACAAGAAAAGAGAAGACGUGGGCGGGUCUUUGGCCCAUUCAUGGUAACAUUCUUUUCUUCUUCAAUUAUUGAAGUGAAAAUACUGCAAUUCGCGAGAGAGAGAGAGAGAGAGAGAGUCAGCAAAAUCUUGAAAUCUUUUAUAUAGGUGGGUUUUAGUCUGUGAAGAUGAUGAUCAGUUAUCCAGGCCUUUCCAAGCUCAAAACCAAGCAGGUUGUGUAUGAAAAUGUACUUUUGGCGCGUGAUUCUGGUACGCUUGAGCAGCUUAAGGAGUUGAGUUCCAAGCGCAAAGCAGUCGAGGAGUCCAUUAAUGAGAACAGCUUUAUCACGGAGGCUGUUGCUCGGGAAAUGUCCGGAGGACUGACAUCCCGUUGUGAACAGGGCAUCCAGAAAUUGGAAAAUUAUUUACCUUUAUUGGAAAACCUGGUUCACCAUGUCGAUUUGGUCGGCAACAACCGCUGCAUUUCUUGCUGGAUUUCGGACUUGAAAAUAAAAUGGAGUAGCACCUUUACUUCAUCAUCUAUUUUUCACCUUAAUGGUCCAAAGUUCUAUCAGAUUAAUGAUAUACAUUUUGAGCUCGGAAUGACCCUUUUCCUUUAUGGUGCAAUGAUUCGAGAACGGGCUCUACAAGUUCUAUCAACUGAUUUGGCGCAAUCUGCCACCCUCCUCAGAAAAGCUUCCGGCGUGUACCAUUACUUAGCUCAUGAGGUUCUUCCCCCUUUACAGACUGCAUUUCCCCCAGAACGCCCCCCAGAAGCUACAUCUGGUGUGUCUUCUGUUAUGAGCCUUAUUUGCUUGGCAGAUGCCCAGGCUGUUACUGUAAGGAAGGCUGAAGAAAAUGGUAAUACUGGACGGCUUUUGGCAAAAUUGCACUACGGUGUUAGAGAGUUUCUGGUUGAAGCCAUUGGCGUCUUGCAUCUUGCUACCAAAGAGUGCAAAGAUAUUUCAUCCGCACUUUUGGAGUUUAUUUCAAGCUGCAAAAUAUUACAUGAAAUGAAAAGUUUCAAGUACCUCGCAGAAGGCUUAAGAAGUGAUGGUCAAAUUGGAACCGCAAUUGGAGUUCUUCAACGAGCAUUAGCAAAUGCAAAGACUGUGCCAAGAGAAGAGUCGUGGCGAUUAGUAUCUAAUCAGGUAAUAGAUGACUUGACUCAGCUGCUCCGAAAGUAUGAGCAUGAGAACGAUUUCGUUUGGCACGAGAAGGUACCGAAAAUCGAUGAGUUGCCUUUCCCUCAAGCUGUGAACGUUGUUAGUUUCAUACCUUACCAACCCCAAAUAUGGGAAAGAAUGCUUGUCUUCAAAAUAUAAAUGAAUAUAUCUGUACAGCACCGAGUUCCAUUUUUUUUUUCAUGCGGUCAGGUGGGGUUGGAAUCGUUGGUAUCAAGCUUUCCAUGCUUCUUUCCUGUAUAAGAGAGUGGAGUGAUGUGAUUGAGUUUAUGAUACCGAGGUUUGAUGGUGUUGAUAUUGAAAUUGUAAGUGACACUAUAUGGUCCGAAACACUUUUUUCCUCCUGGUUUGAUUCA